AAAGUGGUGUACUGUUUCGUGACGGGUACGUUAGAUAAUGAACUUCCGCAGGGCGUAGGGCCUUCUGGGAAAUGUGCAUCCGUAAUAAAUGUCACCGAUGGCAUGGCAGAAAAUCUUUGAUACAGUUAAUAAAUGUUUAUUAACAAUUAAUAAAUGCUGAUUUUUAAAAAGCAACAGGCUUAAAUUUGUCAAAAAAUAAUUAAACGUUGCAUUUGCGAGUGCUUUAACACAAGAUGAAAGGAUGGAGAGACUCCGUGAUGAAUUGGAAAUCGCUAAGAUAGCUUUUCAUCUAAAAGUUCUUUACGGCUCUUUUGUUCUUAAUUUUUUCGUGUCCGUUUUUAUGAUUAUUGUACUGUACAAUAGCCAGGAUUGUAACGUAACCCUUGAGAAGGGGACACUUGCAGACCGAAACACGGUUCAGGAUUUACAUGUGACAAAGGGCAUAUACAGUGACAAUACACAGGAUAACCUGAAGUGGGUUCAGCGAUUUCGAAGAUCGUAUUAUUUUCAGAAUCAUAACUGUGAAACAUUUCUUCGAGUUUGCCGGAACUCUCAAGGAGAAUUAUAUUUAUUAAAGGGAGAAAAGGGCGAGAAAGGCAACACUGGCUACGAUGGGACCAGAGGUAAUCCGGGACAAGUUGGGCCGCGGGGAGCUCCAGGAAAUCCUGGACCGACUGGACCCAGAGGACCUAAAGGAGAAGAAGGACUUCCGGGACUUAGAGGUUUACCUGGAGAACGAGGAUCACAGGGAAGAGAAGGCAGGCCUGGUCUUCCCGGAUUGAGAGGAGCCAAAGGAGAUCAAGGGAAACAGGGGCUUCUGGGAUUUCCUGGCGAAAAUGGAAGCAAAGGUCCUCGGGGAGAAAAGGGGGAUAAAGGUGAUGAAGGACCUCGAGGAUUAGAGGGUCCUAUCGGACGUUACGGACCACCAGGGCCCUAUGGACCAAAGGGAAACAAAGGUGACCGGGGACCGACCGGCUCCAGUGGCUAUCCAGGUGAUAAAGGAGAUGUCGGGGAGAAAGGGGAGAGAGGUUACCCCGGAUACCCAGGACCUAUUGGACGACAGGGACCCAAAGGGGAAAAGGGCGAAUGUCAAGUAUUAACUUUCAACGUGGAAAACUUAAAAAUGGAAAAAGACGCUACCAAUCGUCCAGUACGCACUCCACAAAGGGAUACAUACGAGGAAAUGUCAAAUGCUAGAGGACUGAGUGCCGGAACAAAGCCAUUCGUGAUUAAUAUUUAUAUGCUGUAUUUAUUGCUUUUCUUCUGUGCAGUCUGCUGACAUUAAUCUCCCCUAGUUCACCUGUAGAAGUUUUGUGAGAGGAGAGAGAGAUGGAGGACUGGGAUAGUACGGUGUUAUCUUUUUGAUUGUGAUUCCCUGUUUUCCUUCUGAUCACUUACAGAUUACUCACUACCAAAUGUUGUAUAACACGUAUGGCUCGAGUUUUUUUUCAACAGUGCAGUCAGACGUGAUGUUCUUCAAUAUAUACAAUGAAUGUCAAUUCUACCUGCUGCUUCCACCAGCACUUUUGUGAUUGUUGGACAGGUGCAUGCUGUAUUGAUGUGAGAUGGACGUUUCAUGGAUGCGAGAGAUGUAUUGUGAUGUUGGACUGUGCUUGUCAUGUCAAUAUGUGUGAAACUUUCAAUCUAUUAACGUGACAUCAGUGAAUACAUGUACUCUGGAGAUAGAAAUUGUGCAUAAAAUGCUUUUAAUUCAAAGAAAGACUCAUCAUUUAAAAAUAAUGAAAUUCAGUCGAACCUUAUUAUUUCUUUUUUCGAUGGGACCGGGAAAAAUACUUCUUCGAGAUAUUCAAGGACUUCAUGUUAAGCAACAGAACGAAAAAGUCUUUAAAGCUUCCAACUCACUUCGAUGUACUUCCUUGGUAUUCGAAAUAUCGAGAUAACCGAAAUUCAACUGUAUGUGAAAAGGUGAUACAAUAUGGCUGUUUUGAGAUACAUUUGAUAAACAAGUUAUAUGAUAAGGUCAUUAUGAAAUAAGUGUGACAAUAUAAUUGUUAAGUGGUGCAACUGAUAGUUAUACGAUUACUGUACAUAUAUCUAAUAUGUAUAUGUAGAUUUGUGCAUCGGAUUGCGUGUUUUUUUUUUAAAUGACCUGAGUGCAAUUUAGUUUAAAUUUGUUCAGCAGGCAGCUAAGAAAUCAUGUCUCCUGUCAGUUGGCAAUAAGUGAAUUAUAUAUAAUAAAUCAAUAAGUGAAUUAUAUAUAAUAAAUCAAUAAGUGAAUUAUAUAUAAUAAAUCAAUAAGUGAAUUAUAUAUAAUAAAUCAAUUUUUAUUAGGCAUUGUGGGGUGUACUUUAAUAU